AUGCCGCCUAAAAAGAGCAACACGGCCAAGAAGUCUUGCGGCGGUUCUGCCCGGAAACUUUUGGCACCUGCCGGCUCUCCUCCGACGCCCGCAGGAUCAACAUCGUCCGCGCCAUCCUUAGAGCCAGAGGACGCUAGGAUUCCGGAAGAACACAGUAUAUUGACUGACUGGAGCAAAUGCAUUGAGGUGCCCGAGGCGCACGUCGAUGCCGUCCGACAUCCGGACGUUAUAUUUUUAUGUCUUUCUUGUCACUCAUUGCGGACGGUUAAGGAGCCCGCGCCAUAUUUUGGCUUCUACCGUAACGUUUUGCCAGAGGAAGGAGGAACGCCUGUACUCCCAGGCUUCCUACAGUUCAACGGCAAGUAUGAGCUGGCGUCCAACUCCAUCUUGGCAGCCACACCCCUCGCCAUCGUCCAUUUUGCCCUUGGCGCCAAGUACACAAUCUCCACACCCGUUCCACUCCUCUCGCAUUACCUCGACAAGUACUACCCCAACGGUGGGUUUCUGUACGUCGAGAUCUCGUUCGACGUCGCCACCUAUACGAAGAUCGACAAGUACACCCGCGACCAGGUCGAAACGGUUGCUAAGCUCGUCCGUCACCUUGGCUCAACUGGUCGGGUCUUUGCGUUUCUCUCCAACCAUUCGGAAGAAGACAGCGGUUGGCUCUAUGCAGGGAAGGAGGGUCGAGGUGAGGGAGAGUAUGUUGCGAUGGAAGUUCAGCAUGUUCUCUCCACAGUGUUGAAGCCCUACGCCAGGAUCCUCAAGUCCGCACACAUCGUCUUCCUGGUCUGCGGUUCUGUGGUGGCAUACAAGACGCCCUACACUCAGCUCAAGGAGUCCGUUCUUCAAUUCAACUUCGCAUCUGCAAUUCUCUUUUCCGCAGCUCGCUUUCAACCCCUUGUCGCCACUAAUUUCUUGGUCGCCAUGGCGGAACUUGUUGCGAUUGAGCAACUCAGCAUCCGCACUGUAUUUCCGACCCUCCUUAGUAUGUCAGGCGGUCUCGGUCAACACACCAGCGUCAUCCUGAUGACUCCCGUCAACAUUGAUGGUUGCUGCAAGCUGGAACUCACUACAUUCGCGCGCGCUCACACUCAGACUUCGCCUUGGGGCGUUCCUAUUCCUGCGCAAUGCCCCCAAUGUGGCUCUACCAAGAGCUGGGGUGAGAGGGUUGCUGUGACAGUUUCUGAUGAGAAUCGCGACGCGCACGCCUCAGCCCAAGGCUCUGUUUGCCAGUACAUCUACACAUGCAAGUACACCAACUGUGGUAGCACGCAAAAGUUGCCGUGCUACAAGUUUUCUGUCACCAAGCCUCCUGGGUCCAUCAUCAACAAUGCCAGGACCAAGAACUGCGCUUGGUUCAAGUCGCCUUCUACUCAUUUUGUAUCUCAGUCUUUACCUGACUCUACCCAAGGCAAGCGCAAGAAUGAGACAGCGUCUCCUGGGACUGCAAAGAAGGCGCGCAAACAGGAUUCCGAGGAUUUACCAAAGGGAUUGAAAAAGGCUAUCAGGAGGUACUACCUCCAGUUCUUAACGGACACUGAUGAUCGACGUGCUGAGCAAGAGGUCUUGGGUGAUGAGCCGGAGGAAGAACCAUCUGGCGUGUCCCCUGAGGACAGAGAAUUGGCGGCUCGUCCUAAGGACGCAGGGUUCUACAAGAAGGAGCUUAAUGCUUGGGACGUCGCGCAGAAACUCUUCAAGCAGGAGAUGGACGACUACGAUAAGGAGCAGCAACAGAAGAAAGGCGUGCAACAUUCUAUUAAGUAUAGGACUGGACAUGCGAGGGAGUGGUUCAACAACAUGACCUCUGCACAUCAGAAGGAAGUUGAGGAGGCGAGGGACAAGUGGAAUAGGGAAGGUGCCCCAGCAGAAGCACAGGCGAUGUAUCGAAAGAAAAGCCUCAAAAAAGUUCUCGACGAUUUUACAGAACAGAUAAGGCGUUCUAUGGGUUGCCGAGUCGUGAUGUUAGUCAGUCACAAGAAAAAUGCCGAUCAGACUUUAAGUGUCAAGAUUCAUGAGUCUCAGCCUGUCAAUCACAAGAAACCGUUUAGCCUGAGUUCUCGAGGAAGCAAAGAGUGGACGUCCGAAGGUUUUGAAAAAUUUGCCGAGUGGUCGAAGGAAGAAUUCUACUGCUCAAUGACCGCGUAUCAGACCCCCACCAAUGAUGAUGAUGUGACUUCGUCCGAUGAAGACAGAGUGGGCCUCAAGGGGCAACAAGAAUUGGUUCGCAAAUUUUUCAUGCAUCUUACAAAGUCUUCACUGGUAGCAAAAAGCCAGUACCUUGGCUCUCGAUUGCCGGCAAACCUUUUGGUGUACCUGGAUCCAGACUCCAUCCCUGAGGGAAUAAACCAUCUUUGGGGCCAUUGGGAAGCCAGGAAGGCUUCGAAACAGAAACUGGUUAUUUUUGGUCGGGGCCGCGAGAAACAAUCUAAAAAGAAGUAUGUACCAGUCGACACUGAUGAUGAAGAGGAGGCUUCAGCUGCGCCUACAUCCACGAAACGUACAAGACAGCUGGCCGAGGCUAAGGCGUCCUCCAAGCCCAAGGCCAGCACAAGGCCCACCAAGAAUUCAAGACCGCAAACCCAGGACAGCUCCGAGGAUAGCUCUGAUGAUAAUCUCACUCCAUCGAAAGGGCUGGUUAAGCGACCAUCAGUUGGUCAAGAAGUCGUGCGCACACCAGCCACUGUGCCAAAGAAAGAUCGGAUGUCAUUCUUACGGUCUCUCAGCAGCCAGGACGAAUAUCUGCUUUUGAUUUCGCGUCUUGGUGACUUGAAAAAGGAACAAAGCUCUGAGGCAAUGGAAUGGCCCGCUUGGGCGACAUGGAGUUGGGACAGAUCACACCUUCCGAAUAGUGUGCACUCAGACGAGCGUGAGUUGAACAAGUUCUUGGAGAUAGUCGUCUCUGCCAAGAUCUCUGGCUUGGUAUCAGCCAUGGGGGUUAGCCUAGGUCUUGGGAUGCUGCUAAGAGAAUGCAAGCGAGUUAUCGAAUAUGAGGAGGACGAAGCUACCCCGAACACCCCCUCUUACCUUGGCACCUCUAUUUUGAGUAUCAAGACCCACGACCUCGUCAUAGAGGCAAUCAAUACAGCCAGAGGUGGGGUUACGCGGAUGCUCAAGGCGAAGGAAGGACAACGUGCAGCCAUUGCUGAGGCUGCUGCUG